AUGGGACAGUUUGCCCAAACUGCUAAUUGUCAGACCGCCAACAUGGAGAGCUCUAUUCCAGAGGCCAGGAUGUUAGUGUGUGAGCACGAUCAAGGAGCCACAGAGGAAGUAACAGCCGUAAAGGCCACCAUUGUAGAGCUGAAGAAAGAUGUGGACUACCUAAAGUCCACUGAUAUAUCCAAGAUUUUUGGAACAGUGAAAGUUCCAGAUGCGCCCGAAAUGCCUCAGAAUGCCGCAAGACAUGGAGAUGGAACGGUGCAUAUAAUUGAUCCUAAAUCGGAGGUAGAAACUGACGAAGAGUUAUUUGAGGAAGCUACAGCGGAUGACAUAGCCGAGACUGAAGAAAUCAUAAUAAAUGUUGUUGUGUGA